AUGGCUUUCCAUAAAGAUUGGGAGCCUAGUGAGGCAGUCAACUUCCCAACAUGGGCAAGCUCCAAUGACACUCGUGCUGAACACUUGACCGAUGCAAGUGUUGUCACUGAUAGAGAUACUGGGAGGUCUCAUGGAUCCGGGUUGUUAGUUUCAAAAGAAACAAAAGAAGCAGAGAAGGAGGAGAGGAGGGAAGAGAGAGAUCAGCUAGUAAUGGAUUCUGACUCAAAAAAGAAGUCACCUUAUGGGGCAGCCAUGAGUGAAGAUUGGGAAAGCAUGAUUGACCACUAUAAAUCGAACCCCUCAGAUUUGUUCCAUUCAGUUACAUCCGUUAACGAUACUGCACUCCAUGUAGCAGUGUGCAGCAAAACAGAGCAACCACUUAAAGAUUUACUUGCUUUACUACCCUCUAUUGACCAAGAAAAUCUCUUGAAGCGUAGAAACAAUUAUGGAAAUACUGUUCUUCACGAGGCAACCAUCUAUGGAAAUUUUGAGGCAGUGGAACUGUUGGUGGAACUUUAUCCAGACCUAGUUUCCAUUCGAAAUAACUAUGGUGAAACCCCAUUGUUUACAGCUGCUGAAUUUGCUGAGGCAAAAAUAGUGAAAUUCUUGCUUGAAUCAGUAUCACAACAAAUAGUGGAUGAAGAUGGCCGCCUACUAUCAAUUCACUGCCAACGAUCAGGCAAACGCCGAUCAGACAACGUCUCCAUCCUUAGCGCUGCUAUCUUAGGGCAACACCAUGAUACAGCUUUGAUGUUGCUAGAACUGGAUGAAUCGCUCCACAGCUUGGAGGACGAUAAGGGCAUAACUGCUCUUCAACUUCUAGCCGACUCCCCAUCUGCUUUUAAGAGUGGAUAUCCCAUGGAAAUGCAUGAAAGACUCGUGUACAGUUGCCUUCCUGUUACACCUCCCCACAAGGUAAAAAAAUCGCAGGAAGAAACUUCGGGCCAGGCAAGCCAGUGGUUGGGAGAUCUGGAGAGCGGUUUGGGGAGGACCCCAAGAGGCUGCCUACUCAACUAUUUAAAUGUCUUUAUUAAAGGUAUUGGACCCUAUUGA